AUGGGGAAGUUCACGUCGUCUGGGGCCGAGCGGGACGCCAGGUGUCGACGGAACUCUGACUGCUUUAUGUGUUGGAACUCGUGUGGCAUCCUGCGUCACCACUACUCUGUGUGGUCAUCCAUGUGCACCGACCAUACCGCUUGUUUCCCGGGGUGUCAAGUGGCGUGCAAAUUUUAUUUGAACAAGACCCCGGAGGACACGGGGGGCGGUCUUCCCUACACAGACACAUCCCCGUCCCCGCCACUGCCCCCCGCCCACCAGCCGCCGCCCAGGGUCAGCGGCAGGCACCAUGUCACGUGGUCAGCCCCUGAGUGGCCGGGGAACAGCGACCCCUCAGCCAUCGCCGACCUCAUCUACGUCCUCAUGGUGGAGGGUGACGGGGGCUGGCGGGAGCUGACACAGACCUCUUCGUCAUGGGCGCGGGUGCCUGCUGGCGUAGAGGGCGUGGUGCGCGCCAAGCUGCUGGCCGUGAGUCAGGAGGGCCUCGUGGCCGCCUCUGACGCCCUGCUGCACCUCGACGACACCACCCUAGGCCACAGCCACCAUCCAGAGGCCCACCUCCGCCAGUAUGACGACCUGCUGGCCCUGGAGGACACCCACGACACCAGCGACAGCUCGACACUACCCUUCGGCUACAAGCUGGAGACAACCAUGAGCACAGCACUGCCACCCUCGACAAAGGAUACUGCCCCUGGUAACCUUUCCCCAGUGACAGACAACCCCGCCACAGCCAGCACUACCCACCACCCCUCAACAUCCACCCCGGGACUCCUCUAUUACGACUAUACCACCACCGAAUCAUCCCUCCACUCUGGUUCUGUGGAUCCCUCCUGGAAAGUGGACGUAGCAGAGGUGGAGGUGGAGGACGGUCUGCUAGCUGAGGUGAGCGUGAGGUGGUCUCCCCGGGGGCCAGGAGGGGUGGAGUACCUGCUCUCGUGGGCUGAGGAGUCAGGCUUUGUCUCAGGCCACUUGCUGACAGACCAACUGACCAGCCAGCUCUCACUCUGGCCAGGUCAAGGAUAUUACUUACAGGUUGAAUUGGUGGACUCACAAGGAAAUUCAGUAUUGAAGAGUUCAGCAACCCCAGUAGUCUUCAAUGCAACCCCUGACUCAGAUAGCUUGUCAUCUACUUCCACUGCUGCUACAACUACCCCUACAACUACCACCACAACCACCAUUACUCCCACCCCCUACUACCCUACUGUGCCACAAAGGGAAGAUGGGCAAGGAGACCAGCUGUGGCACGCAGAAACUUCCCCUGGCUCAUCCCUGAAGCACAAUGAGGACCUGUGGGGAUUCCUACAAGAUGGUAACCCCUCUCGAUCAAGGGAAAGAUCAUACACCCCAGAAGACAAAGUUUAUGAAGCUAACACAAAAGUGACAGAAAAUUACAAUACAUCAAAUGACUCCCUUGAAAUCAGUACAGUUCGGUUUGACAUCACCGAGACGGAAACCUUAACCAAGAAGGAGGGAGUGUACCAUGUGAUUGUGUGGUGCAUCGGGGUGAGUGUUGGUGCACUGCUGCUCCUCACCCUCUGCAGCUUGGUCAUCUUCAUGCUUAACAGGUGCCGCAAAGCAAAGCAGAGUGAGGAGCAAACCGAGGAACAAACAGCUGCCAAUCGGGGCUCCUUCAGGACAUUUACUCCUCAGCAGAACACCAGAAACCCUGCAACCUCUUGGACCUUUGAAAAUUUUUGUUCUGUGACUAGAAAGUCUAAGCUGGAACCUUCCAGAAGGGAUGGUGUGCCAACAGGGAUUGAUAAUGAUUCUUUGAUGGAGAAUUAUGUCUUCAUGCUGGACACUCACCCAGUGGGGACAUUUUUAAAACACUAGUCAAGUCAGUUUAUGAACAAGAGUCAGACUGCUGUAAGGAAUUAAUUUAAUUAUUAAGAGUAAUACUUUUCACAACUCUUGAUCUCAGACUAACCCAGCAUAAAAUAUUUCUUUAGUUAAAAAAUCAUAAAAAUGUGUUUUCAUGCCAAACUCUAUGACAAUGUUCAUGUUUAUUAUUAUUAUUAUUAUUAUUAUUAUUCAAGUGCACAUUUUCUGACUGGAAAAUGUUUGCAGUUUGUAGGUUGAUUUUUUGGCAAAAAAGUUAAUAACUGAAGGAAAAACAAUAUUACACUGCAAUAAUUUCACCUGCCAGUAUUUUGCUGUCAAAACACACUUCAUUUGCUGCAUAAUCAGCUACAUCAAGUGCAUAUUAAAUGUCACAGAUUGUUUGGGUGUGAUAUUUCCCAAGACUCAAGGCAUUAUCCAGUGAAGGAUAGGAUAGUUACUAACAAAACCACAUCUUGUGCCCUGCUGCAGAUAAUAAGGAGUCACUUCAACCAAAGAUGUCAAA